UAAAAUGCUAAAGUGACGCAUGUCAUCGGCCAUAAAAAAAUUACAAAAUUAGUUUAUAUUUUUUGAUAACAACCAUUAUGUAUAUUUUGGAACAAGAUUUACAUGACUGCCUCUGAAAAUGAUUGAAGCGGGCAGCGAGGAAAAUUCAACUGUCGAGAAACUGCCGGCCAAUCCGGUCGGUGCUAUAGAAGACGAUGACAUCGCGCGCCCCGAAGCGACGUUUCGUUUCACAGUCCAGAACAUCAGUCAGUUAAAAGAGCAGGUGUUAUCACCACCUUGCUACGUGCGAUGUCUACCGUGGAAGAUCUUGGUCCUGUUGCGUCAUACGUCGACACCGGAACGACAGCAACAAAGGGCUCUAGGCAUUUUCUUACAGUGCAAUGGAGAUUGUGAUACCCCCGGCUGGUCAUGCUAUGGUUUAGGAGAACUCAAACUUCUCUCUUACAAAUCAGAUGGUGAACAUUUAUGCAGGAAACUCCACCAUAUGUAUCAUUGCAAAGAAGAUGAUUGGGGUUUCGCUCACUUUGUUUCUUGGGAUGACUUAUUGGAUCCAGACAAUGGUUUUAUUAAAGAUGAUUCUAUCACCAUAGAGGCACAUAUAGUAGCGGAGGCUCCACACGGUAUCUCUUGGGAUUCCAAAAAACAUACUGGAUUUGUUGGAUUGAAGAAUCAAGGAGCGACUUGUUACAUGAACUCCCUCUUACAAACUCUGUUCUUCACAAAUGUACUCCGUAAGGCCGUGUAUAAGAUACCAACAGUGGGUGAUGACAGCAGUCGCUCCGUAGCGUUUGCACUACAACGCGUGUUUUAUGACUUACAAUUUACCGACAAACCUGUAGCGACUAAGAGGUUAACGAAAAGCUUUGGAUGGGAGACUAUGGAUUCAUUUAUGCAACAUGAUGUACAAGAAUUUCUUCGUGUGCUAUUAGAUAAGCUCGAAAACAAAAUGAAAGGAACGGUCGUAGAGGGCACUGUGCCGAAAUUAUUCGAAGGAAAAAUGACAUCGUUUAUCAAGUGUAAGAAUGUUAAUUGCACCAGCACCCGUGUCGAGACGUUCUACGAUAUACAACUUAGCGUUAAGGAAAAAAAUAAUAUAUAUGAAUCAUUCAAGGACUACAUAAGUACAGAGCUACUUGAAGGCGAGAAUAAGUACGAUGCGGGGGAACAUGGGUUACAGGAAGCUGAAAAAGGAGUGAGAUUCGAUGUAUUCCCCCCAAUACUCCAUUUACAUCUUAUGAGGUUCCAAUAUGACCCCCAGAGCGACGCGUCAAUAAAAUUUAAUGACAAAUUUGAAUUCUACGAAGAAAUAAACCUGGACCCUUAUUUACGUGAUAUACCAACUUCGCCAGCACAUUACACACUGCAUGCGGUACUUGUACAUUCAGGGGACAACCACGGAGGGCAUUAUGUGGUAUUCAUUAACCCCAAAGGAGAUGGCAAGUGGUGCAAGUUCGAUGACGAUGUUGUAUCACGAUGCAGUAAGCAGGAGGCUAUCGAAUACAAUUAUGGAGGCAAAGAGGACGCGCCACACCUCGCCCGGCGAGCAACCAGCGCGUAUAUGCUUAUCUACAUUCAGACAUCACAACUAAAAUACGUCAUACAAGAGGUGACAGAAAGCGACAUACCAAGUGACCUUUCCGAGCGCAUCAACGAAGAGAUGCGAUUCGAGAUGGUAAGAACAUGCGGCAGAAAAAUAAGGUGCAGAAAAUAUAAAUCUGAUACGUCAGUCAGCUCCGCGAAGUACUACGCGAAGAUAUUGACGGCACUAAAACAGUUCUUCACUUUGCAGGCCCUAGCCGGCUCUAAAUAUAAAGGAAGAUAGAUCGAAACGAAGCUUAGUUGAUAUUUUUAUAAAAUUUCAUACAAAUUAUAAUUUUUAUCGUUUUAUGCCGAUGGCGAUAAACAUAAAUUCAUCAGUUAGGUAAUUAAGCUUUAUAUUUACUUUGUGAAUAUUUUGUUGUAAUUUAUGUACCGCUGUCAAUAAAAUUUGUUGCGAAUAAAAUAUUAAAUUUUACUCAGUCUUGUAUUCUCAAGUACCUACAAAUUUCUCAUUAUAACGUAUAUUCUCAUUAUAUGUU